AUGGUUUAUGGGAAUAAAUUAAAUUUCUUAUGGACUUUAGGUUUCUAUCUGGUAGCCAGUCAAACUCCCACCGUACCUUCCAUCGAAGACAAGAAGUUCAUAGAGGACUGUGUCAGAGCUCACAAUGAAAUGCGUCGCACAGUCCAGCCCUCCGCAGCCAACAUGAAAUACAUGACUUGGGAUGAAGGUUUAGCGAAGACUGCAAAAUCCUGGGCAGACAAGUGCAAACUAAAACACAACAAAUGUUCAGCAAAUCAGUGUCACCCAACUUUUCCAUCUGUGGGAGAAAAUAUUUGGUUCGGUAUUUUAUACCAAUAUAUACCAGCAAUUGCUAUUCGCUCUUGGUAUAAUGAAAGGCAAUUUUAUACUUAUAGUAGUCACAAAUGUACCAAAGUUUGUGGCCAUUAUACACAGGUAGCUUGGGCCGAUUCAUACAAAGUUGGUUGUGCAAUGACAGCUUGUCCUAAAUCUGGGAAAGGUGACCAUGUAAUGUUUAUAUGUAACUAUGGACCUGCAGGAAAUCAUGCAGGGGCCCGCCCUUACACUGAAGGAGCAUCCUGCUCUAUGUGUGGAAAAGAAGACACUUGUGAAAUCAGCCUCUGCAGAAAUGAAACACGUGAAAGACUUGUAGAAUAUCCAAAUUGGGAACCAAAGGGGGAAGCACCACAGUUGGCAGCAUGUAAUCUAUUGUGCCUACUUUGUGUUCUUCUGAGAAUGUGUUAA